AUGACUUUGACCAAGAACUCCUGGCUGAAUGAUAAUGUGAUUAACUUAUAUUUAAAUCUGAUAGUUGCUCGCUCACAGAAGACAUCGCUACCAAGGGUUUAUGCAAUGAAUACGUUCUUUGUGCCAAGCCUGCUGAAGGGAUACAAAAAUGUGAGUCGCUGGACUCGUCACGUUGAUAUAUUCAAGGAAGAUAUGAUUUUGGUGCCGGUGCACGUAGACAAUGUCCAUUGGUGUAUGGCCAUCAUAGAUAUGAGCAAAAAUAUGAUUAGCUAUUAUGAUUCAUUUAACAUCCCGAAUCCGACUGUGUUGAACGCCCUCAGAAACUUUUUGAUAAAAGAGUCGCUCGCACGCAAACUUGAAACUCCGUUAACUCUCAAAGAUUUCCAGGUUCAACAUGCCACAAAUGUGCCACGACAGACAAAUACCAGCGACUGCGGCGUCUUCAGUUGCAUGUUCGCUGAAUACAUAACCCGCAACAAAUCGCUUACAUUUUCGCAAAAGGACAUGCCGCGCUUCCGGAAGCAGAUGAAGCGAGAAAUUACUAACGGCAGGCUCGACCAGUAG